GUUAUUUCUGUGAGCCAGCUUUUCAUGAAACACCCAGACAUUGCAACUGGUUUCAAACUAAAUGGCAAAGGUCUGAAGACAGCAUACAUGAGUCUUCUCCUCAGCCUCAUCGAGACGUUGCGAAGGCCUCCACUGAGCUUUUCUGAUAUUGAGUUAAGCAAGGCUAACAGCACGUUGAGGGAGCUGACAGAAGCGGGCUUUAAGCUGGAUUGGUUAAAGAAAAAGCUUGAGGAGGUUUCCUUGAAGAGGAAGAAUGCAGUAGAUGAUGGUUCUCGUGUCAAACAAGUGGAGGAACGCAUCAAAAUUCUGAAGGUUGACAUUGUCGGAACUCAAAGAUGA